AUGGCUAUGGAAGAAACAACAUCAACCAUCAUGGCAGCACUUUCAUCUCUCCCUUCUCACCACCUCACAAUUCUCACUAACACCAUUCUCUCAUCCAUCCGCCGCUACCACCACCGUCUCACUUUCCUCCUCUCUUCCCCAACUCUCUUUUCCUUAACACUUCGUCACCUUCACACACUCUCUCUCCCCCAAAAAACUUUACUCAUUUCACGAUAUCUCCUUUCGUCUCUCCACCUUCUCACCCAAUCCAAACUCUCCACGUCACCUCUUCCACCUCCUGCCUCAACCUCCAUGAGAGACCGUGAAAUCGACGCGGUCUUGCUACUUCUCUUAUUAUGCGAAACGCAUAAACACAAUCCGGACGCUCUAAACGCACCGUGUUCUGAUUGGAGAUUGAAUCUGAGCAAACUCUUCUGCGAUACAUUGUUGACGUUUUCUUACUCUUCAGCGCCGCCGCUCGGGGCGUGUUUGGGAUCUGUUUUGAUUCCGUUUAUCGAAACAGUGAGUCGGUGUUGGAGAUUGGUGGAUGUUUUAGCCUGCGACGGUGGUGGUGAAAGUGGAAAGGGAGUGAAGGAAGUGGCGGCUUCGGCGGCGACGGUGGUUUCUUUGCCGGCGGUAGGAGUGAGUGUUGGCGGGAGAGAGUGUGUGAUAUGUAAAGAUGAGAUGCGAGUGGGGAGAGACGUGUGUGAGUUGCCAUGUCAGCAUCUGUUUCAUUGGAUGUGUAUUUUGCCGUGGCUGGGAAAGAGGAACACGUGUCCUUGUUGCAGGUUUCGGUUACCGUCGGAUGAUGUAUUCGGAGAGAUCCAACGGCUGUGGGAAGUCUUGGUUAAAAUUGGUGCUAGAUGA